GCAGCGGAACUUCCGGUCCGGGUGGGGGAGAAUCGCCCUUUUUUUUCCCUUUCCCUUCCACGCCAAGCGCUGCGAUGCGUGUGGAGAAGUGCUACUUCUGCUCCGGCCCCGUCUACCCGGGCCACGGGGUCCAGUUCGUCCGCAACGACUGCAAGGUGUUUCGGUUUUGCAAGUCAAAAUGCCACAAAAACUUCAAGAAGAAGCGGAAUCCAAGGAAGGUCAGAUGGACCAAAGCUUUCCGCAAAGCAUCUGGGAAAGAAUUGACAGUGGAUAAUUCAUUUGAGUUUGAGAAACGGAGAAAUGAACCCGUGAAAUACCAGCGAGAGCUUUGGAAUAAGACAGUGGAUGCAAUGAAGAGAGUAGAAGAGAUCAAGAAAAGGCGGCAGGCCAAAUUCAUCAUGAACAGAUUAAAGAAGGGGAAAGAGCUUCAGAAAGCACAAGACAUCAAGGAGGUCAAGCAGAGCAUCCACCUUCUCCGGGCUCCCCAUGCAGGCAAACCCAAAGAGCUGGAAGAGAAGAUGGUUCAGCAGUUACAGGACACCAUGGAGGUGGAAGGUGCCUCCUAGAGAGCAUCUCUGUUGGAGCCUAUUUGUUUAUUUCUGUGUCUGUAAAGUGCGAGAAGCAA